GAUGAGAUGAGAUGCUCACUCAGAGACAUAAGCAGUGACGUCAUACCUGAUAUGAGACGCAGAGAGACAGAGACCACUAUAAAAAGCAGGCGCGUACGAAGACGAAGAAGUAACAAAUCAUUGAACUCAGAAAGUUGAAUCGGCGAAGAAAGAAUUAACGAACGAUGACGGCGACGAACAAGCAGGUCACAUUGAAAGACUACGUGAGUGGCUUCCCUAAGGAAUCCGAUUUCGAUUUCACUACCACCACCGUCGAACUUAGGGUUCCGGAAGGUUCCAACUCUGUUCUGGUGAAGAAUCUCUACUUGUCAUGCGAUCCUUACAUGCGGACUCGCAUGAGUAAACCUAAACCCUCCACUGCUCUUGCUCAAGCUUACGCUCUCGGCCAGCCAAUCUUUGGGUUUGGAGUGUCUAGAGUGAUAGAAUCUGGACAUCCAGAUUACAAAAAAGGUGAUUUGCUCUGGGGUAUUGUUGGUUGGGAGGAGUACAGUGUUAUAACUCCAACACCUGACGUGCAUUUCAAGAUCCAACAUACUGAUGUUCCAUUAUCCUACUACACUGGACUUCUCGGGAUGCCCGGUAUGACUGCCUACGCUGGGUUUUAUGAAAUCUGUUCUCCAAAGGAAGGAGAGACAGUUUAUGUGUCAGCUGCAUCUGGUGCGGUUGGUCAGCUUGUGGGACAAUUUGCUAAGAUGAUGGGAUGUUAUGUUGUUGGAAGCGCCGGUAGCAAAGAAAAGGUUGAUCUCCUCAAGACCAAAUUUGGGUUUGAUGAUGCAUUUAACUACAAGGAAGAACCAGACCUUAGUGCUGCCCUGAAAAGGUGUUUCCCUAAAGGCAUUGACAUAUACUUUGAGAACGUAGGAGGCAAAAUGCUAGACGCAGUGCUCUUAAACAUGAAUGUGCAUGGACGUAUCGCUGUCUGUGGAAUGAUCUCACAGUACAAUCUUGAGAACCAGGAAGGCGUACACAACCUAUCAAACAUAAUCUACAAACGGAUCCGCAUUCAAGGCUUUGCAGUCUUUGAUUUCUACGACAAAUACUCAAAGUUCUUGGAGUUUGUGCUUCCUCACAUUAAAGAAGGGAAGAUCACAUACGUGGAAGAUGUAGCUGAUGGACUCGAGAAAGGUCCUGAAGCUCUUGUGGGACUCUUCCAUGGCAAGAACGUUGGAAAACAAGUAGUUGUUGUUGCUCGUGAAUAAUGUUAUAUUUAUCCAACAAGGGUUUGUAUGGGUGGGUGUUCGAACCCAAGCGUGAGUUACUGGUGUUAAUUUAAUAAAGUCCAUUUUAAUAUAGAUAUCAGUCUGAUUGUUAUUGGUUUCAAAUCAUGACCUGUUUCAUCAAA